AAAGUACUUAUUGCUAGGAUUAGGCCAUUUCAAUAGUGUAAACAACUUAUUGAACCAUAUAAAUCGAAUCAAGAUUUGAAUGAUAUAUUCUUUAAUAACGAGUUUGUAGAUUGUUGGAAACGUGUCAGUAUUCUCUAGCAUGUCUCUUAUCCAAACCACAAUUUAACCCUAAAAUGUCAACUCAGUUUAUCGUUUGAAUUUUAUAUUACUGAUGGCUAAGGAGCCAUUAAACAGUUCAUUCACAGUGCUUUAUAUAGCAUAUACAAAUAUAUACUUGAAUAAAAUCAUGUAAAACCAUUAAAAAUGCUAUUUCUUAAAAGAUUACCUGGAAUAGUAUAUAGCCACAGACACUCGGCUUCAAUAGUUUUUUGUCUUUUUUUGGUAUUUAUAUAUUUGUUAUUUCAUUGGGGAUUUGUGUGCACCAAUUUGGAGCCAUGGAAUCAUGUAAAGUAUCUGUGCAAUCAGUAUCAAAAGGGCCUUGUAGUUGGGAAUCUUUGUCACCCUUUAUGUGAAGAAGGACGCAUUGGAUCAUUCUCCUGUCAAACCUUUCACGCAGGAAAGGAAGUAGUUUUUUCAGGUGUUAAAGAUGAAAACUCAAGAUUGGUUUUCAAGCUUGCAAGACAUUUGGACCAACAGUCUCAAUCUACAGUGUAUUGGUUGGAAAACGGAGUGGAAAAAUAUCCAACAGAAGCUGAGUUCACUAAGAUGAUUGUCGACCAUAUAGGCAACAGGCUGAACACCUCUGUGAGCCCAGAUCUGGCUUCGUCUCUAGGUCGCUUCAGUCAGUCAGUUGAGUCACACUCCAUGGACCGUCACUUAGAGAUGAGAGAAGUCUGGACUCUGCUGCAGGACAAUGAGUACUUACUCGCCAGUCUGUACUCGGGCAGUGAUGUAUUCCCGAGAGUGCUUGGUUCUUGUGGACAAUACUUCGCUUUAGAGUACCUUGAACCGGCCAUAGAAGGACAUGUGGCUGCUGAAGAAGGUGUUUGGCCCACCAGAGUUAAGUUAGCAGUGCUCGUCUUGGAUUUGCUUCAAGAGAUUGACAAUUCUGUGGGAGAAGGGUUUUCUCUGUGUGAUAUAAAACCCUCACAUUUUGGACUUUCUCCAUCAAGUGGUAAGAUGAAGUUUCUUGACCUGGAUGUAGCAUUACCCAGAACUGUGGUGAACACCAUCACAGCUGACGGAAGCACGUGUAACAUCAACACAGACUGUAGCCUAUUUGACUGUCGGUCUAAAUGUAACAUGGACACUCACAAGUGCGACAGUCCACAGACCAAUGACAACCUUCAGACAGUGUGUGAGAAGAUAUUCCUGGGCUGGACGGUUUCUGGUAGUGUCAUCACGCCGGGACUUCUAAUGGCGCCUCAGACACCGUCGUCACUGGCGUCACUUCUGCGCCAAUGCGCCGAUCCUGAUGGGGAUGGAGUGUAUACAGCACCAUCUGAGCAAGUAAGGGAAAGGCUGACAGCAACUUUACAGGAAAUGGACAAGGCGCUUAGCUUAGAUAACUAUUGAUAAAUUCACUUUUAAGAUCUUGAAAAAAUAUGGUUUUCUCGCUCAUAAAAGAUAUCUUUUGUACUAGAUUGAAUUUUUUGGAUUAACUAGGAAAGUACUUCAAGUAUUAAAAUUCUAUAAGUUUUAUUUUUUAAGUUUUAUUUUGCCAAAAGAUUUUGGCAAGCUAUGCUACAAGCCUUUACAGCCAGUAUAUGCCAUACCAACUAACAUUAUGCAAGGCUUUGUAUAGAGAAUUCACUAAUCUAAACAGUAUUUUUAAUCUAGUAUUUUCAUCUAGUCAAUGUUAGAUAGAUUUUACAUGCUUUUAUAACUUAAAAAUAAUGCUUAUUCACAUUUGCCUUCAACAGUUAGUUAAUGUAGACUAUAAAGCAAUUAAACUUUUCCAAACUCACAGAACGUUAUCUAUGUAAUCUACUGGUGCUCCUCAUUUUAAAAGGUAAAAGUUUAAUCCUAUAUUAAGAUAACUCUACUGAUUCAGACAAUUAAGUUUUGAAAUGUAGUCAUCGCACAAAAUAUGUAUCCAAUGUAGAUUUACGACUGUUUUCUCUGGUUAAAGCUACUAAGGAUUUUACUCUCCAUAAAGGGGUUGUAAGAUUGAUCAAAAACAAAUGGAUCAGAAAGUUAUCUUGAAUCUGCCAUUUUGAAUCUUUGAACGGGUGCCAUUUUUUACUCAAAUGUUCUUUUGAGCUCAAAUUUCCAGCAUUGUUUUCUACUAAUAACACCCUUUAAUUUGAUGUGCAUAUCGACCUAUGUAUACGUUUUGAUGAGGAGGGUAGCGUAUAAUAUCAUUGCAAAUUCAAGCAUCUUUGAAUAGCUGUCAUUUUAGACUCAAAAGUCCAUUUGAGUUCGGGUUUGCCGCAUUGUAUUUUACUAACAAAGUAACUUUGCUCAAAGUUUUGUAGCUCUAUUUUAAGUAUUUCAAAAAAUAUUUAACCGAUCGGGGACUUUUAGGACAACCUGUAUAUAUAUAUAUAUAUAUAACAUUUUGAACGGAUGGUGAUUCAAAUUCCUAGGUAAAAUUCCGUGCCACCUACGGUAAUAGCUACUUCCCUAUAGGAAAAUUUGCUAAAACAAAUAAAUUUCAUUAAAUAAAUAAUAGGACUACUGUAUUUUUUGCACUGUAAAGCAUACAUAAUAGUAUAUUUCGUACCUUGGGCCAAAAAUUAGGUUUUGCCGGCUCGAGAUUACGGCAUUUCGGUCCGUGGUACGAAACGCUAUGUUUCACCACACUAUUAUAACCCAUUACCACUAUUUACCAUAAUAAUAAUGCACACUCUAACGGUCAGCACAGCUACACCUUUAAGGUUGUAUGAAGAAAUAAUUUGAGGAAUCAGUGAAAAUAAUAAUAAAUAGUUACUAGGCAGUGGUGACAAUAUAACAAUUGUUUAUAUGUAGCUGAUUUUCGGCCCUAGGGAUGUAAAAACCUGCUCGGUCCCCAAAUAAUGAUGACAGCUGGCAUACACAGCAAUACGUAGCUAUUGGCCAUGAAUAAACUGUUUGUAAAACGGCUAAAAACAUCGCAGUGUGGUGAAAACUAAUUUUACAAUACACAUAAGAUAAGAUAAAAUAAAUCAAUGACAGUUGAAAAUUGUGUAAAAAUGAUGACGAGAAAGUUUAGUGUAAUUUAUGUAAUCAGGAGUGAAUAAAGAAAUUUCUGUGCUAAGAUAUUGUUGUAUUUGAUAUGAUAUGCUAGACAUUAUACCACAAACCCUCUUAUACCGCCAAAUAAAAAAUUGAAUCGAACCGGCGACCUUAUGAUUACUAGACGAGCACUAUAACCACUAGGCUACCAACUACCAAUCGAGUCAUGCAUACGUAUGUUAAGUCUAACUCUAAGGCGGUCGACACACGGGAAGACUGAAACCCAACUAAAGUUGAACCAACUGUUUUAGUGUUUUGUGACGCAAUUACGGUUGCAGUUGCGUUGGUUAAAUCCACACACAAGCACGACUGUAGUUGAGUUGAGACAUUGAAUGAGUUCUAAUUUUGUUAUAACGAUACUGUGUACUGUGUAUGGUAUUUGAAAUGAGUAGUAGUGAUGAAGACGCCCUGGUGUUUUACAAACAAUCAAGAAAGCGUAGAGGACGUAGAAGGUAUUGGGUACAUCCUUAUGUUAAAACAAAUAUUCAAUAUAGGCUCUUUGUAGCUGCUGCUGCAUUACAAGAAGCCGACGCAAAAUUUCAGUUUAUGUGCAGGAUGUCAAAAAGUACUUACGAAGAGUUAUCGCAGUUGGUAUGCACGAUCCUUGAAAAGUGCAAUACAAAUAUGCGAAAAGUUGUUCAAACCAGGCAACUGAAAUCACCUAGCAACCGGGAGGUCCGGUUGCUUAACGACUGGUUCUCAACUGGUCGCAUCGCAGUCGCACCGUAUGCACUGUCCCACCUAAACUACAUUGGUCGUGACGCAGGCGACUAGUUUGUCCAACUGGUUGCCGAUUUCAGUUGGAAAACAGUCUUCCCGUGUGUCGACGGCCUAGAUAUACCUAUUACUGUCCAGAAAUUUACUAAGUAAAUUUGUUAUAACUUUCUCACAAGUUAAUGCAUUUACUGAUGAACAUUACAGCUUGAUGUAAAGUUAGAAAAGCUAAUUGAACACUUACCUCCAAAAAUGUGCCGUAACUUUAAUACUAUAAAUAAAAUUAUCUCUGUUACUGUAGACUCUAGUAUACCAUGGAAAGUAUUGUUUAAUUUAUGUUGUUUAUGGACUUAUGUUGUACAUUUUAGGAAAAAAUAAGUUUAGUUUUGUUUCAAUUGAUGAAUUUAGUUUGCAUUCUAGUUUGAUGUUUUCAUUAAAUUAUGCCAUGCCGGCGCAAAAUGUACAAAAAU